UUCAUACACGGAGCGUGUUCUCCACAAGUUCACUAUCUCCUUCACCAUAACAAUCUUUCUACCAACCAAUUGCAGAGAAAACACAGAUCGAUGGCGAGCAUAGUCGGAGUCGGGAUUCCUUUUGCCUUAUCAUCAUCACCGCAGGCACUCAAAAGAUCCACCAUAGGCGGUGGAGUUACGAUACGCUCCUCACGGCGGAUGGUGGCGGUGAGAGCAGAGGGUGGUGGUAUAAAUCCUGAAAUCAGGAAGAACGAAGACAAAGUCGUCGAUUCCGUCGUCGUUACGGAACUCUCUAAUCCCGUCACUGCUUACUGCAGGUGUUGGAGGUCUGGGACUUUCCCACUUUGUGAUGGUAGCCAUGUAAAGCACAACAAAGCUAACGAAGAUAAUGUUGGCCCUCUUUUACUGAAAAAGCAAUAGAAGCUUAUGGUAUUAUGAAUUCAUGAUCAUGUUUUUAUUUGCUUGAUUGCCUUCAAAUUUGAGAUGUAUCUUUGAAUAUGUCUCUUCUAUAUAGAGCAUGCCCAAAUCCCAACAUUAUAUUCGGUUUUCAAUUUGUUUUCUUUUAUUUUGCGGACUAUAUAUCAUGUUGAAUUGUUCGUGAACCGUUCGGCGGAAAGUUCGUUUAUUUAA